AUGUUUUUUACUCGUUGUUUAUUCAAAAUUGCUGAGGAAGAUCUUGGUCGUCAUUUAAACUUACCGUUUAUCGAUAAACUUCGCGUUUAUGUGCGUGGCGGACGUGGUGGGAACGGUUUAAAAAAAUAUGGUGGCAUCGGAGGGCCGGGUGGUAGUAUUCUUGUACGUGGUCAACGACAUUUGACAUUGAGAAAUGUUUAUGAAAAGAAUUUACCUAAACGUUAUGUGGCAUCCGAUGGUGAACAUAGCCAUAAAACAAGUUUAAAUGCAAGGCCAGGUGAAAACUUAGUUAUUAAUGUACCAUUAGGUAUUCAAAUUCUACGCGAUAAUGGUGAAUUAGUUGACGAAAUCAAUGACAUCGAUGACCAAUGUAUUGUAGCCCAUGGCGGUGCUGGGGGAAAUUUUAAGACACAUUUUGAAGGACAACCUGGGGAAGCUACAAUGAUUAAUUUUGAUUUAAAAAUAUUGGCUGAUGUUGGAUUUGUUGGCUAUCCAAAUGCUGGUAAAUCAACUCUUCUUUCAAUGCUUUCGCGUACACAUCCUGCUAUAUCGCCUGUACCAUUUACUACUCUCCAUCCUCAAUUAGGUACUGUUAUUUUCGAUGAUGGUCGGUCAUUUACUAUUGCCGAUCUGCCAGGUCUCAUCGAAGGAUCGCAUACAAAAAUGGGUCUCGGCUCAAGAUUUUUAAAGCAUACACUACGAUCAAAACUUCUUCUAUUUGUUAUCGACAUAAACGGAUUUCAAUUAGAACUACGUUCACCCGUACGAUCUGCAUUUGAUUCCAUCGUGUUUUUAACUAAAGAACUUGAACUCUAUCAACCAUCGCUAUUGAAUAAGAUGGCCAUAUUAGCUAUUAAUAAAAUUGAUCAAUUAGAAGAUAAAACAAAAUUACAGGAACUUCAUUAUGCACUAGAUAAUUAUAAAGAAAUAUUGAAAAAUGAGUACGAAGAAAAAUGGUGUCCAAAAAAUUUCUUUCAUUUCGAACAUAUUGUUGAAAUAUCUGGCAAAUAUGGUACACAUUGCGAUCAUUUAUGUUCUAUUCUAAGACGUUCACUUGAUGAAUAUGCGAAUCGAGAACAAAAAUCAGUAAAAUUUUCAUUGUUGUAG